AUGUCAAGAGCUCUCGAUCCCAGGGUCAAGGAGGCUCUGAGAAUUGGAGAUCAUGUGCCUGUCUAUCAGUGUGUAGCAGACGUGCUCUCCACACGUGAUGCAGAGCUGCUUGACAUUGAAGUGUUAGGCCCAAGCCACGUACUCCUGAGAGAAACCUAUAUCCUUCACGAAGGCAAUGCGGUUGCAAUCCCAAAACUCAACAUACUACGGGCCUUUUUACCAGCAUACAAGACAUUCAAAGAGCAUAUCGGUGGCCAGCAUGUCAUGCCAGAAGAGCUCCUGCGAGCCACGUCCGUCAUUCUGCUUCUGGACCCAGAGCACAUGACGGCGGUCAAUGCCCGGAAACGAUAUAUACGACACGUGAAAGAGCAAAACCCACAGGAACUGGGUGAUGCUUUGGACGCGGAGCUCUAUCUCAUAGACAGUUUACUCACCAGUCGUCUGCACCGCCAUACAAAAUCGCCGACGCUUUGGGGCCACAGGCAAUGGAUCCUGGAGCUGUGCAUCGACAGGCAAAGGCCGGUGGACAGCCUAUUGACUGCCCUGGAGAAACUCAUAUUUGUCUCUGCGGAGAGACACCCGCGCAACUACUACGCAUGGUGCCACGCGCGAUACCUGCUCGGUCUGGCCAGUCGCAGAAGCCAAGGGCAAAGCACCGCAGACGGGGAUGCGCAAGGGCAGCAACAGCAGCCAGCCUCGGCAAACCCGGAGAAAAUCACACAGACGGUCAAGAAUUGGUGUUUUAGCCACCCCGACGACAUAUCUGGGUGGUCGUUUCUCACGGUGCUCGUGGAGCAGCAGCAGCAGCACCCGCAGGCGACGACGACGACGGCACCCGCGCUAUUCUCCGAGACACUUCAUCUCGCAGAGGCCUUUUCGUGGAGGGGCGAGUCGGUGUGGUACUUUUUGCGCAACAUGCUGCGGGGGAGCUGGAUCGGGGAGGGUGACGGAGAGGAAUUCGAGCGGGUGCUCAGGGCGGUGCAUGGCAGAGUCAAUGAGCCUGGGGAACUGGACAGGCAGAUCAUGGGCCGCAUGCUGGAGUGGACGAAGCUGUACGCUGAGCCCGGGGCGCUGAUCAGCGAGAACGUCGGCAGGUGA